AGUUUAAACAGAGCCACGAGAGAGAAAAGGAAAAGCCAGCCAGAAGGAUCAGAUUACCUUUGCACCUCCCCCUACCGUCGACAGAGAUGGGGUCUGAUGAGCAUAUUGUCAUGCUUCCAUACAUGGCCCAUGGCCAUCUCAUACCAUUCUUAGCACUCGCAAGGCAGAUCCAGCGAAGAACUGGAUUCACCAUCACCAUUGCCAACACCGCCCUCAAUAUCCAGUACCUCCGUUCCACCAUUUCUACCGAUUCUAAUUCCUCCAUCCGCUUCGCCGAGCUCCCCUUCUGCAGCUCCGACUACGACUUACCACCAAACACGGAGAACACCGAGAACUUGCCUCUCAACAAGAUUGUGAACCUCUUUCAUGCUUCGUUGAGUCUCAAAGAUCCUCUCCGGCGCCUUGUCGGUGAUAUCAUUGACAAAGAAGGGCGGCCUCCGAUUUGUAUAAUUUCCGACGUGUUCUUUGGAUGGGCUGUUGAUGUUGCAAAGAGUGUAGGCACUGUGAAUGUUACGUUCACCACCGGUGGUGCCUACGGCACCAUGGCCUACAUCUCUUUGUGGCGGAACCUCCCACAUCGCUCUACAGAUUCCGACGAGUUCCCGAUGCCGGGGUUUCCUGAAAGUUAUCGUUUCCAUCGCUCUCAACUGCAUCAGUUUCUAAGAGAUGCGGAUGGCGCCGACAUGUGGUCGAGAUUUAUGCAGCCGCAGAUUUCGCAUUGUUUGGAGUCUUGUGGAUGGUUGUGUAACUCGGUGGAGGAAAUCGAGCCUUUUGGCCUUCAACUUCUCAGAAAAUAUCUCAAGCUUCCUGUUUGGACUAUUUACAAACACCCGUCCUCCUCUUCACGUUCAAGUAUUUCCAGACAACGUGCCGGGAAAGAGCCCGGAUUGGCUCCUGAAAAAUGCAUCGAGUGGCUUGAUUUACAGAGUCCUGAUUCGGUUCUCUACAUUUCUUUCGGCUCUCAGAACACAAUCGGUGCCUCCCAGAUGAUGGAAUUAGCUAUUGGGUUGGAGGAGAGCGGAAAAGCUUUCAUUUGGGUCAUAAGGCCGCCGCUUGGAUUCGACCUGAACGGUGGAUUCAGAGCAGAAUGGUUGCCGGAAGGGUUUGAAGAACGAAUGAGGGAAAGCAAACGAGGGUUGUUGGUGCGCAACUGGGCGCCCCAGCUGGACAUUCUGUCGCACAAAUCGACCGGAGCUUUUCUGAGCCACUGCGGCUGGAACUCGGUGCUAGAGAGCUUAAGCCAGGGCGUGCCGAUUAUAGGGUGGCCGAUGGCGGCGGAGCAGGCGUACAAUUCAAAGAUGCUGGUGGAGGAGAUGGGUUUGAGUGUGGAGCUGAGCAGAGGGAUUCAGGGUGUUCUUGUGGGGGAGGAAGUGAAGAGGGUUAUAGAAUUGGUGAUGGAGAGAGAGGGGAAAGGCGAGGGUAUGAGGAAGAAGGCUGCUGAGGUUAAAGAGCAGAUUUUGUCAGCGGUAAGAGACGAGGGAGAAGAGAGGGGCUCUUCCGUCAAAACAUUGGAUGACUUUGUGAGGACUAUUCUUUCCAAGAGAACAGAACAAUCAACCAUGCUGAAUUUGGGUACAAAUAUUUAAGGGAAAUUAUAGAUUAAUUUUACUACAUCUCCAACUUCUUUGUGGUUUGUGAAUUAUGGACCUCUGUUCUAAAGGUUGAUUUGGUUUUCCUAAGUAUAACCGUAUGACCCUUUUUUUUUUUUG